UUGUGUCGGUCUCUCUCCGAAAAUCCCCGUCUAUUCAGCGGGGCACGCGGCGGCGGCGAAGGGCGGCAAGCGCGGCGAUGGACUUCUGCCCGGCGUGUGGGCUGCUGCUGCAGAUCGAUCCGGGCACCGGAAGCCACCGCCUGCGCCUCUUCUGCCCCGUCUGCCCCUACGUCUGCCCGAUGCAGAACAAGAUCGUGAAGAAGGCGAAGGUGAUCAAGAAGGAGGUAGAGCCUAUCUUCAGCAAAGCCGACGCGAUGAAGUUGGCCCCCAAGACCGGAACUUCAUGCCCAAGAUGCAACCAUGGAGAGGCAUACUUCAAGCAGAUGCAGAUUCGAUCAGCUGAUGAGCCAAUGACAACAUUCUACAGGUGUUGCAGAGAAGAAUGCCAGCUUGAAUGGAGAGAUGACUGAUCUAGCAACUAGCAUUUUCCACUUUGCUUACGCUACAUGUUCGUGCUGCUUCAGUUUUGAGUGUUGAGCUGCCCUGUUGCGCAUGUAAUUCUUCUUGUAAUCACCGUGUACUUGAGCACAAACUUCUGUGAAAUGUUAUUAUGGUGUCGCUUUUUGGCUGCAGGAGACAUUACUAGUAGCAGUGUUUUGGAAUGUAUGUGCUUCAUGCUGCCUACAGUUGGCAGCGUGAAUGGCCUUUUGAAAGGAAUAAAGUGUUCCUAAGUUAAUUUA